GUUGAAGGCAUGAAGACGAACAACAAGGAUGAACAGCGCAAAACGCUGUCGUUUCCUGGAAAAUAUAUCGUAAAAGCUACUGUUUUCAUCGUUGUUUCUCUCUUCGUAUCAGCUACUCUCUUGGGUUUCCUGGGCUAUCUCGACUUUAACGCUUUUGCAGGUUUCAAACUAACACAGAAGAGAUUUAAACCUAAGUUUCCUUACCAAUGCGAUGUUGUUCCGAACCAAACACAUCAGGUCCCUUUCUCUCAGAUUCGGACAUCGAAAUUAGAUCACAACCGUUCAGAACCAUCCACGUGUCCUUCUUACUUCCGUUGGAUCCAUGAAGACUUACGACCGUGGAAGGAAACUGGGAUAACUAGAGACAUGGUUGAGAAAGCGAGCAAAACGGCGCAUUUUAGACUGGUGAUCCACCGCGGCAAGGCGUACGUUAAGAGAUACAGAAAGUCAAUUCAAACGAGAGAUGAUUUUACUCUGUGGGGAAUCCUACAGUUGUUACGGUGGUACCCUGGGAGAUUACCUGAUCUCGACCUUAUGUUCGAUGCUGAUGAUCGUCCCGUCGUCCCAUCUGAUGACUAUACAGGUCAAAAAAGCAAGGACCCACCUCCUGUGUUCCGUUACUGUUCUGAUGAUGCCAGCUUGGACAUUGUCUUCCCUGAUUGGUCGUUCUGGGGCUGGGCUGAAGUCAAUAUAAAGCCAUGGGGAGAGUCGCUAGAGGCUAUAAAAGAAGGGAACCAUAUAACGCAAUGGAAAGACCGCGUGCCCUACGCUUAUUGGAAAGGUAAUCCUUAUGUGGACCCCACGAGAGGAGAUCUUCUCAAGUGUAAUGUUUCUGAGCAUGAAGAAUGGAACACUCGCCUCUAUGUUCAGGACUGGGAUAAAGAAACGAAAGAAGGGUUCAAGAACUCAAAUCUAGAGAAUCAGUGCACCCACAGAUACAAGAUAUAUAUAGAAGGAUGGGCAUGGUCGGUUAGUGAGAAAUAUAUAAUGGCCUGUGACUCUAUGACAUUGUACGUGAAACCAAGGUUCUACGACUUUUACAUACGAGGAAUGAUGCCUCUGCAACACUACUGGCCAAUCAGAGACGACUCCAAGUGUACUUCUCUCAAGUUCGCCGUACAUUGGGGCAAUACUCACGUGGACAAGGCACGUGAGAUUGGAGAGGUAGGGAGUAGGUUUAUAAGAGAAGAGGUGAAUAUGAAGUAUGUGUAUGACUAUAUGUUUCAUUUACUCAAUGAGUACGCAAAGCUCUUGAAGUUUAAGGUAAAGAUUCCUUCGGAUGUGGAGGAGAUCACGCCGGAUAGUUUGGGAUGUGCGGCAACGGAACGGUGGAGAGAUUUCAUGGCGGAGUCUAUGGUGAUGACUCCAAGUGAAGAUCUUCCUUGUGAGAUGGUUCCUCCUUAUGACCGUCUAGCUUUAAAAGAGAUUCUUGAGAGAAAAGCUAAUUUAACACGUCAAACUGAGUUGUGGGAGGAGCAAUACUUUCAUGAUUUGGCCAACAAACCUUAAUUUAUACAACGAUUUUUAUCUUAGCAUUUCCAUAAUGUUUUUGCUACUAACCAUUUUAUUUUAUCUAUAUAAUGCUCACACAUGCACUUCUUAAGUGUAGCAUCUCCCUAAAGGUUUU